AUGGGUUCCAACGGCAAUCCAUCCGUCUUCACCCCGGCCACGGUCGCCGCGGCCCCCGAAGACCCUCUCUUUGGCCUCAUGAAGGCCUAUCGCGAAGACCCCUCUGAUAAGAAGGUCGAUCUGGGCAUCGGUGCGUACCGCGACAACAACGCGAAGCCCUGGAUUCUACCCGUCGUAAAGAAGGCCGAUGACGCUAUCCACAACGACCCCAGUCUCAACCACGAAUAUCUCUCCAUCGGCGGGUUGGCCGAUUUCACCUCGGCCGCGCAGAAGCUCAUCGUCGGCGCUGACAGCCCCGCGAUCAGCGAGAAACGGAUCUGCUCCCUGCAGACCAUCUCGGGGACCGGCGCCGUCCACCUGGGCGGCCUGUUCCUCUCCAAGUUCCACCCCGCGCAGCCCACGCCGACCAUCUACCUCUCCAACCCAACCUGGGCCAAUCACCACCAGAUCUUCACCAAUGUCGGCCUCACGCUCGCCAAUUACCCCUACUUCUCCACCAAGACCAAGGGUCUGGACUUCGACGGCAUGCUAGGCGCGCUGCGGGCAGCGCCGCUCGGCUCGAUCGUCCUCCUGCACGCGUGCGCGCACAACCCCACCGGCGUCGACCCCUCGCAGGAGCAGUGGAAGCAGAUCGCCGAGUUGAUGCGAGAGCGCCACCAGUUCCCCUUCUUCGACACCGCCUACCAGGGCUUCGCGUCCGGCGAUCUCACCCGCGAUGCGUGGGCCAUCCGCUACUUCGUCGAGCAGGGGUUCGAGCUGUGCGUCGCGCAGUCGUUCGCGAAGAACUUCGGUCUGUACGGUGAGCGCACGGGCGCGUUCCACUUCGUCUCGGCGCCUGGCGCCGACGCGUCGACCGCCAGCCAGCAUAUCGCCAGCCAGCUGGCCAUCCUGCAGCGCUCAGAGAUCUCCAACCCGCCGGCGUAUGGCGCCCGCAUUGCCAGCCGGGUGCUGAAUGACCCCGUGCUCUUCGCGGAGUGGGAGGAGGAUCUGCGGACGAUGAGCGGGCGCAUCCAGGAGAUGCGCCGCGGUGUGCGUGAGCGGUUGGAAAAGCGUGGCACGCCGGGCACAUGGGAUCACAUUACGACCCAGAUUGGCAUGUUCAGCUUUACUGGGCUGAGCGAGACCCAGGUGAAGAUUCUGCGGGAUAAGUGGCACGUCUACAUGACCAAGAACGGCCGUAUCUCCAUGGCCGGGUUAAAUACACAUAACCUGGACUACUUCGUCGAGGCGAUCGACAGCGUGGUCCGCGAGACCUCGUAA